AUGAGCGGAAUCACAGACGAAGCCGCUGUUGCGGAGCAUGAUCUUAUUCAACAUGCUGAGGACGACUUGAACAAGGCUCAGGGCAAUCAGUCCAACCCAGUUUCGGGAGAUCCGGAACAAAAGAAGUCGUACGGGCUCGGAGAAGCUCCGAAGCAAACAUCAAAGGUCGAGAAGGUAAAGGAGGCAUUACAUAUCAACAAAAAAUAG